UGCCGUUAGACUGACUGUGGUGUUUGCAUAAAAGAAGGAAACAAAACCCUAACUACAACAAAACACUCCUACUACUAUUCACUCUCUUCUCUCUCAAUUUUCUAGGGUUUCUCAAAUUGGGAGUUUUCAAUGGACGAAGAAUCAGAGCAAUUCAAAGUUUUUGUGGGCGGCGUGUCAUGGAUGACGACUGAGGAGUCACUGCGUGAGCACUUUGAGAAGUUUGGGACGGUGGCGCGUGUUGCAAUUGCGCGAGAUCGCUACUCUGGGGCGCCUAGAGGGUUCGCUUUUGUCUCGUUUACUGAUCAGGCUGCGUUUGAUAGUGCUCUUCUUGUUGAGCAUCAUCACAUUCUUGGUAGAACGGUGGAUGUGAAGAGAGCAAUACCUAGGAGUGAACAAUGCCAAAUUGAAUCACAGCAGAGUAGAGGACUGGGUAGGAACAAUAGAAGUAAUGGUCAUUGUGGGAACAGUGAACAGCUUAGGACAAGGAAGAUUUUUGUAGGGGGUUUAUCCGCUAAUCUUACUGAGGAAGAGUUUAGGAAUUAUUUUGAGAAUUUUGGUCAGAUUACCGAUGUUGUGGUGAUGCAUGAUAGUCUUACCCAACGGCCUAGAGGUUUUGGCUUUAUCACUUUUGAUUCUGAGGAUUCUGUUGAGAAUGUCAUGAGGACAAACUUUCACGAAUUAGGAGGUAAGAAGGUUGAGGUGAAGAGGGCUGUGCCUAAAGAGGUAACUAACAAUGGAUAUUCUGGGGGAGGAAGUGGGAGAAGUUAUAAUGGGUUUCAGCAGUAUGGUUAUAGUCCUAGACACGACCUCUUUCAAGGCCAUGGACACCCUCCACCAUACGGAGUUCAUCCGGGAUAUGGUGGUAUUCUUGGCUAUCCAUAUGGUUUUUAUGGUGUUAGUUUUCCGUCAGGGUAUGGUGGUAUCAGCUAUGGGAUGCCUCCUUUUGCACCUAGCACAUGGAACAGUCCUGGUAUGUCAGGUUUUAGAGGUUACUCCUAUGCUGGAGCUCCAAAUUUUUACCUGCCUCAUCCAAAUGGUGGAGUUGGAGGAAGGAGUCCAUCUGUGAAUCGUGUAGAUGAUGCACAAUUGACGGUUGAUAGGAAGUCUUCAAGUACUGAUGGCGGGAAUGGUCUGCUGGCGAACUAACUUGACAAUGGAAAACUGAUAGCUCCAGUUCUUCAAUUUGACCACCGAUUCAAUGAUUGACUAUUUUAAUCUGCAUUGACAUGGGGUUUAUUGUUAUGUGCAGUUGUAGUUUCUAGACGUGUUUCGUGUUUAUGAAUCUUGGUUAGUUGUGGUUCACUGGUUUUAGUUUUGCAAGUACAGGGUUCUUUGUAACAUAAUUCUUUUAGUUUUAAGUUGGAAUUUGCUGGCGUGUAUAGCAUUGAUAUACAGCCAGAAGAAGCGUUUUUAAGGUAAUAUUGGACCUUGAUCUUUCUGAUCUUUUGUAUUUGGUGUUGGUCAUUUAUUAUGUUUCAAUGUUUUUUAUGUUUA